GCGCCAAAUUUCGUCAACUGUCAAAGUUAAAACCAAACAGUUGAACAUUUAAAGCGGUCGUUGUUUGUUACAAUUUAUUUUAUAAGUUUCGUUAUAUUUACGCAAAGAAAUGGAGGACGGUGACUUUGAUCAACGUUUAAGAGAUUUGCAAAGGGAAUACCUUGAAUUUUUAGAUGAUGGGGAAGAUCAAGGUAUAUACAUGGAGAAAGUAAAGCAAAUGAUAGACGACAAAUCAAAGCGACUAGUUGUAAAUGUAAAUGACCUGAGAAGGAAAAGUCCAGAAAGGGCCAAGAACUUGCUAGAGAAUGCUUUUGAAGAGCAGAUAGCUUUUCAGAAAGCCCUGAAGGAGUAUGUGUCAUCUAUAGACCCGACUUAUGCUAAAGUUCAGGAAGAAUUUUUUGUGGCUUUUUCCGGUAGCUUUGGUAACAAACAUGUUACUCCAAGAAGUUUGACGUCAAGGUACCUAGGUAACCUAAUAUGUGUAGAGGGUAUUGUGACAAGGGUAUCGUUGGUACGGCCCAAAGUGGUGCGUAGUGUCCACUAUUGUCCUACUACUAAGAAAGUCAUGGAAAGGAAGUACACAGACUUGACUUCGUUUGAAGCAUUCCCUACCACAGCUGUAUAUCCUACUAAGGAUGACGAUGGCAAUCCAUUAGAGACUGAAUAUGGUCUCUCCCGAUACAAAGAUCAUCAAACCCUCACAGUCCAAGAGAUGCCGGAGCGUGCCCCUGCAGGCCAGCUACCGCGCAGCGUCGACAUUAUCUGCGAUGACGAUCUAGUGGAUAUGUGCAAGCCUGGUGACAGGGUGCAGGUAGUGGGAAACUAUAGGUGUCUACCGAACAAGCAGGGUAGCUUUACUGCUGGUACUUUCAGAACCAUUUUAAUAGCAAAUAAUAUCAGCCCGAUUAAUAAAGAUUUGAAUAUGUCGAUAACUCUGGAAGAUGUGAAGCAAUGCAAGAGGCUGGCCAGGAGGACCACUGUGGACAUAUUUGAGUUGCUGAGCAAGUCACUAGCGCCAUCUAUACAUGGCCAUGAUUAUAUUAAGAAGGCCAUACUUUGUUUACUUCUUGGUGGGAUGGAAAAAGUACUGCCUAAUGGCACUAGAUUAAGAGGUGACAUCAACGUGCUUUUGAUCGGAGACCCAUCAGUGGCGAAGUCGCAGCUGCUCCGUUAUGUGACGCAGACAGCGCCGCGUGCCAUCACCACUACAGGACGAGGGUCUUCGGGAGUCGGUCUUACUGCUGCUGUUACUACUGACCCUGAGACUGGGGAUCGCAGAUUGGAGGCAGGCGCCAUGGUGCUCGCGGACCGCGGCGUCGUGUGCAUCGACGAGUUCGACAAGAUGUCGGACAUCGACCGCACGGCCAUCCACGAGGUGAUGGAGCAGGGCCGCGUGACCAUCGCGAAGGCGGGCGUGCACGCCACGCUCAACGCGCGCUGCGCCGUGCUCGCCGCCGCCAACCCCGUCUACGGCAGGUAUGAUCAAUACAAAACGCCGAUGGAGAACAUAGGGCUGCAGGACUCGCUGCUCUCCCGUUUCGACUUGCUGUUUGUGAUGCUGGACAUCGCAGACGCGGACCACGACAACAUGAUAUCGGAACAUGUUCUCAGGAUGCAUAGAUACAGGAACCCGAAAGAGCAGGAUGGCGAAGUGUUGCCGAUGGGCUCAACGGUGGAGAUGCUCUCUACAGAAAAUCCAGACGUGGAUGAAACAGAGGAAUCCAGCGAAUCAAUAUACGAGAAGUACGAUCCGUUACUGCACGGCAACACGCGCAGCAAGAAGGAGCAGAUCCUGAGCACCAAGUUCAUGCGCAAGUACAUCCACAUCGCGCGGCUGAUGAAGCCCAAGCUCACUCAGGAAGCAUCCGACCUCAUUGCCGACGAGUACGCCCGGCUACGCAACCAGGAUAUGAUGGACAAUGAUGUGGCGAGGACGCAGCCGGUGACAGCGCGUACCCUGGAGACGCUGAUCCGGCUGAGCACGGCGCACGCCAAGUGCCGCCUCAGCGCCAACAUCACGCACGACGACGCGCUCGCCGCCAUACAGCUUGUGCAGUUCGCUUACUUCAAGAAGGUGCUAAUAAAAGAGAAACGUCGCAAGCGUCGAGCGUCAUCCGAUGGGGAAGGAGUCUCCGAUGGAGAACCCGCACAGCCGCGGCCUAAGCGCUCCAGGACCACUCAGGGUGGUGAAGGCCAGGAUCCUUACGAGUUCUCCUCUGAUGAGGAGGCGGAACCUGUGCUACGCGCCGCCCACGAGCGCGAGCCCGAGCCCACUCAGAGAACCACGCGCUCUUCACAGAAAACUAUUGAACCUAACAGGUUAACACAAUUCAAGUCAGCAUUGCACGAGUUAUUCAAGUCGGAGCGCGCCAACUCCCUGCCGCUGGACCGCGUCACGAACUUCCUCAAUGAGAAAUACUCGCACGAGCCCUUCGAAGCGGGAGAGAUACAAGCCGCGCUCGACACCAUGACCAAAGACAACCAGGUCAUGAUGGCUGAUGACAUUGUCUUCUUGAUAUAGACUGACUUGAGGUCAUGUGCGACUGUAGUUGUCGGAUUUUGUUAAUGCGAAAAAGUUAAUUUCUAUAUGCGUACUGUAUAUAAUACCCCACUUUUUCCGAAGCAAAAACUGUAAACUGAAGGCUGAUUUAUCAAUAAGGCUAUUCGCAUUGUGCAUUAGUGUCAAGUCCUUUGUUUUGUAUGACAAUGUUUACAUAAUUUCAUCAUAAUGUUAUUAUGAAUUAGGUAACUGAAAAGACAAAAAAACUAAAAUGUAUUCUUAGGAUGAACGGAUUGAGUCCAACAAUUACAUAAUCUUGACAAAAAAAAAAUGUGAUUGUGAACAAAUUUAUCUUUACAGUUAUAAACUAUCAUGAU